AUGAGUAAAGUGACUUCGAUUAUAAUACGUCUGGAAAUACAAACUGGUGCACCGUUCAUUCAUUUCGAGUCUGUCGGCUUUAACGAAGUGAAAAAUAAGAUACAUCCUGAAAAUAAAGUAAUGGAUGAAGGAAAGAAACACAAGAAAGUGGAUGCGCGGUCAAAAAUUGAAGGAGACACCUCACUACCAACUUCCAUGAACAAACUGGCAGAAUCGGUUACGUUGUUCCUUGGAAUUUGUGAAAUCAAACUUGCUGAUACAUGCAGCAGAAAUUUUUUUAUCUUGUAUGUUGGGCAAUCAUCGAUGCAAGCACAGUGCUUGGGCAAUCGGAAAUAUGCCGAAGUGAUUGUACAAACUUUCUCUAAAGAUCAAACAGCGUUAAAUAAACAGAAAUCCUUCACACCUGAUAAUCAAGAGGAACCUUCAUUGGCACAAACAGUUGCUUCUGGUUCUUCUCUUUCUUCAAAAGGAACUGGUGAAGGAUCAGAUACAUGCAAUAUCUCAUUCUUCUCCGGAAAUCCAUUUGUCGAAAAAACAUCAGGGAUUCUUCAUUUUUACAAAAAAAAAGAAACGAACUCAACAGCUGCGAGAAGUGAUUUUUCAAUAUUAUGUAUGUUGGGAGUUCCAUCAUUACUUUCAUGUCGCGAGCUACUAAGAUUUAUUGCUCCAAGUUCACAAUAUAUUACGGCAAUGAAGGUGAUACGUGAUUCAACACCAAACCAGUAUAUGGUUAUUAUUAAGUUCCGAUCUCAUGAUGCUGCUGUUCGUUUUUAUGAUGAAUACAAUGGUGUAACAUAUAAUGCGAUUGAACCAGAAGUGUGUUCCCUCGUCUUCGUUGAAAAGAUCGAAUCGGUUCGUGAAGAAGCAGGUGGUAGCCUGCCAGCUGAAAACAUGACAGAACUACCAACAUGUGCGGUUUGUCUGGAGCGUAUGGAUGAUGGUGUGCUAACUAUUCUUUGCAAUCAUACUUUCCAUGCUGAAUGUUUAGAGCAGUGGGCAGAUACGACAUGUCCAGUAUGUCGUCAUAGUCAAACUCCUGAAUUAGUGGCGGAUCAGAAGUGCUCUGUCUGCGGAAAAACCACAGAUUUGUGGAUAUGCUUGGUUUGUGGAAAUAUUGGUUGCGGUCGAUAUGUAGAAGGUCAUGCUUAUAGACAUUUUGAAACAACUUCACAUAUAUUCACCUUGGAAAUUGGUGGUGAACGUGUGUGGGAUUACGCUGGUGAUAAUUAUGUGCAUCGCUUGAUACAGAGCUCACCUGAUGGUAAAAUGGUGGAAUACAGAAGAAGCGGUGUAAGCGAUAGCGAUGAAAAUCCAGACGAAAAAUUAGAAUCAAUUCAGUUGGAGUAUACUUGCUUGCUUACGAGUCAACUGGAAUAUCAAAGGAUAUUUUACGAGACCAAAAUGAAUGAACAAGAACGACUAUUUAGCACGUUAGAGAAACAUAAUCAGGCUCAGGUUGACAAUCUUGAAAGAGAAGUCGAGGAAACACAACAACAGUGCAAUGAAUUGAAAAAAUUACUAGCUUCCUGUACUCAACAAAGGCGCACUAUUGAAAAAAAGCAGCAAAAUACUCAAAAUAAAUUGAACAAAGCGCUGGCAGAAUUGGAAGAGGAACGUGCUUUAAACAAGUUGUUGCGAUCCGAUCAAGAAAAGUGGUCUACAAGAUUGACAGAAAUGGAAGCAAAAAACACCGGCCUACAUCAAAAAUACGUUGCAACAAUAAAUGAUCUCAAUGAACAAAUUCGUGACUUAAUGAUGCACUUUGAUGCUGAAGCUAAAAUACAGAACGCAAUUGAAACCAAUGAAGUUACUGAAAAGGAGAUUAAUGAAGGUAGCGUAGUCGUGGCAAAUCCGCCUCAGCGUACUCCAGUAAAAAAUCGCAGGCGUAAGAAGAAAUAA